AUGGAUUGCAAGCUACGCCAGAUCGGUUUCCACCCACUUGAAGAUGACCCCUGUGUCUAUGUUAAAGGCAAGGGCUCCCAGAUGACCAUCAUGAUGAUCCACGUUGACGAUUUCAUCAUUGCUGCUCCCACCAACCCUGAGAUUGAGAAAGUGGUUGAACAACUACGCCAAUUUUACGACAUGAAAGAUCUUGGUGAGCCGAAACAGUAUCUCAACUGUGCUCUCCAUCGUGACUAUGUCAACAAGACGAUCACUAUGACUCAGUCAGCAUACGUGCAGAAAGUGCUACGUGUGGCAGAUGUGGCAGGCUUCAAGGAUACUCCCUUACCUCCUCGGUGA